AUGCCUUCAAUAAAGUGCAGUCGUAUCGAAGAUGCUCAUGACGACGGGGAUGUCAACAUUAUCGGCGGACACGCCAGUGCCAGAUCGAGGCUUAUGGAGCCCUUGAUUUAUUCCGGAUCGUUGGACAGCUUCAAACACCAAGACCUAACCCCAGUUAUCGGAAGAGAAUUCGAAGGUCUUCAAGUGACCGACCUGCUUCGAUGGGGCGAUGCCAUGAUUAGAGAUCUGGCAAUAACGGUCUCGCAACGCGGCGUCGUCUUUCUACGGGACCAAAAUGUCACACCAAAUCAGAUGAAGGACUUGAUGCUGCGCAUAACCGAGCUAUCAGGUUGUCCUUCAUCAUCUGGACUCCAUGUGCACCCCCUUACUGAAGAAGGCUCCGAACUGGGAGACCAGAUCUCUGUCAUAAGCAGCGAAAAACAGAAGAAAGGUGGCGGUCUCACUCACCAACUCUCAGACGUGAGUCGCCUUGCAUCUGCGGGCUGGCAUAGCGACAUUACCUUUGAGCCAGUGCCAUCAGAUUACGCAAUGUUAAAGAUCCACACAUUACCUGCAACAGGCGGCGACACGCUGUGGGCGUCGGGGUAUGAAAUCUAUGAUCGCCUUUCUCCCGCCAUGCGAACAUUUUUGGAGGGCCUAACUGCGACGCACGAUGCAAAGUUCUUCUUGGAAGAAGCAGAGCGGCUAGGCAAUCCACUACGAAAGGGAGUUCGUGGCAAUCCGCUGAACCAAGGUGAAGCGCUCACGGCCACACACCCGGUCAUACGGACGAAUCCUGUGACGGGUUGGAAAUCAGUAUAUGUGAACAAGGGGUUCACCAAACGCAUCAAUGGCGUCACGAAGGACGAAUCCGACCUCAUUCUGCCGUAUCUAUUCAAUCUUGUGACGCAGAACCACGAUGCGCAGGUGCGGUUCAAGUGGCGGCCGAAUGAUCUGGCUAUUUGGGAUAACCGGAGUACGUGGCAUUGCGCGACAUAUGAUUACGAUGAAGCUAGGGCAGGCGAUCGGAUUUGGACUGGAGCUCGAUGUAUAUAUGCUACAUCCAUAUCCUUUGCAAAGCCCUCAAGUCAAUCGAAAGUUAGUAUCACAAUAACCAGAAGCACGGAGCCCCAGACCAUUACCAAAUUUACCGACUCACUGAGCAUACCGAACAAAAUGCACGCCACCAAGCUCACUCAGUUACUACUUUACCUCUGCUGCUUCCUUCCCUUUGCUGCUUGCGUCACGAAGCGCUCGGCCCAGGUUCAGAUUCAGAACAAUACCCCUCACAGUAUGAGUGGUGUCGGGUUGAACCACAUGUACAGCGAUGUGUACAAGGAAUCGAAAACCUGGGAGAGCAUCCCAGCUUAUGGAUACUCCGAUACUUUCACUGUCAACUACAACACAGGCUUCGGUACUACAGGCAGAGACUGGUGGGCAAUCACUGGGCACAACGACGCAGACCCGAUCAGCCCUAAUUCAAUGAGUUUAUGGUACUCUAAUCCGAACAACUUUCGAAACUUUCUCGAUUUCCUCGAAUCCGUCGCACCGACUCUUAUUGGAACGGCACUAAAGGCCGCAAAAUUGGCACAACCUCAAUUGGCGCCAGCUGCGACAGUGGCGAACGUCGUAUCCAAGGCACUUUGUAAAGCUAUGCUCAAUUCAGCCAAGACCGAUGGGUUCAAGCAACACAUUUUGCGUACGGAAGACGAAAAUAAGAUAACCCUGAUACGAAUCAACAACGACGGCACGAUCAAUAUCAUAUCCCCCUCCGGACGGUCCGAUACCGUAUACAACACGAAGAUUCAAAAGCUUGGACUCUAA